AUGCAUGAUCUUCAACGAUUACAUUCAACUGAAAUACUUUUCGAAGAUCAAGUAACAUUAAGUGAUGGUCGUUCGAAACCUUAUCUUGUUUUACUUCAAUUAACAUCGGAAUCGUUAAUUAUUCGACCUCAAAAUACAAAUCAAAUAUCAUCAUUAAAUAAUGAAGAUAUUACAGUACCAAGAAAUGUUACCAUUGAAAGACAUCCAAUUACACGUUCAUUUGGUUUUUCAAUUAAAGGUGGUUGUGAUACUGGUUUUCCUAUUCUUAUUUCACGUGUUCGUGAUGUUAAUGCUCAUUUAUUAAAUAUUGGUGAUGCAAUUUUAAAUAUUAAUAAUGAAGAUAUAUCUGAUUUAACUCAUGAUCAAGUUAUUACGAAAUUACGAAAUAUAUCUAAUAAUCAAGUUAAUUUAACUAUUAAAUAUAUGAAUAAUAUGGCUAUAUAUUUAUUUUUAACAUCAUCUAAAUCUAGAACAUCAAAAUCAAUAAUACAGAAUGGUUUAAAAAUACGAAAAUUAUCUUCAACUAAAAUUAAACAAGAUCAAAAAUAUCGAUCAAAAAACUAUUCAUCUAAAUAUCAUGAUUAUGCUAAACAACAAUGUUUCCAAUUGACAAUAUCACAUCAACAAAAAAAUAAUAAUAAUAAUAAUAAUAAUAAUAAUAAUAAUUCAACAAUUGAUGAUACUAAUAUUCAAGAAUAUUCUCUUCUUUAUGCAUAUAUUAGUCGAUAUUUAAAUGGUACAGAUGAAUGCCGUAUAAAUGCCUUUCAAUUACAUACACUUGAUGGUUCUCAAACAGGUAUUAUUAUAACUAAUACAUCUACUCAACAAAACAUAUGGAUAUCACGUAUAAAUACAGUUAUACGUAAUUUAACAACACGUACAAUAACUGAUCUAAAUCAAACAUUAUUACCAAGUGAACAAGUAUUUUAUGCUACUUGGGUUCAUGAACAAAUCAUUUAUCCUAAUGAAAAUCAUAUACCCGAAUGGAAAGCUAUAUUUAUGGUUUUUAAAGGUAGUGAUCUUUAUAUAUUUGAUGAUAAUCAAUCUCCACCAUUAUGUGCUUAUGAUUUUAUAUGUUGUACACGUGUAUAUCCAAUAAUUGAAGUAUUUAUUGAAACUGUCGCAUUUAAACGGUCAAAUGAUGAUCGUCGAUAUUGUUUUACAUUAAUAUUACCAAAUGAUUUAACAAAUGAAUAUCGUUAUUUAAGUUUAGAAAGUAAAAUUGAGUAUGAUGAUUUCAUAUUAAAUUAUCAACGAUCACUUUAUAUAUCUACGUAUUCAAUUGAAAAUCGUACAUUUGGUUGUAUUUAUCAAGGACAAAUAUGUCGUUUAAUAAUUGAUAUAAAUAAAGGUUUUGAAAUGUAUAAUAAUAAAACAAAUAUUAUUUUAUGGAUAUUUACAUUUGAACAACUUUUAUCAAGUUCUGAUAAUGGACAUGAUAAAAUAUAUUUUCAAUUUAAACCUAAUUUAAUUUUAAAUAAAAAUGAAAAAAUUAUACAUAUUGAAGUACAAUGUCAACAUUUAAGAAUACUUAUACAUGUAAUUAAUGCAUUUUUAACUGUUAAAUUUAUUGGUCAACAAAAUAAUCUAAUUGAUUAA